AUGGUUGCUCGAAGUCAUCUUGACGCCUUGGCCAGUUGGCUCCAGGCCGCUCCGCGCCAAGUCCUGUCGCAACUUGCGAGGCGGAGCAACCAGCACGUCGCGAAGGCUCAUUUCUCAUCGCACCUGCCCACUCGUCCACUUUUCCCUCCUUCCCACCGUUCGCCGAAUACAUCUAUUCCUCCACCUCUGUUCGUUCGUCACCAGACGAAGCUGAAAUUGACUUUCUUGCCCUGCUCUGCUCGCAUGCCCACCAAUCCUUCACACAUUGGUAGCGCUUUCACCUGCUUUUUUCGGGGGUUAUGCACUUGUCUAGAGUCCUGCUUAUUUGGUUAUUGCCCAAACCCGUCCUCCACUUCCUCCAAUUUCUCCUUCACUUCCUCCUCUUCCUCUUCCUUCUCUUGCUCCUCAUUUGCGCCACUUUGCUUCCAAUUCCUCAACCCUCCUCUAACCGGACUCUAUUUUGGCUGGGCUAAUCUCCUCUGCUUAAGUAUUCAUUAUUAA